AUGCAGAGCGACGACGUUAUUUGGUCGGUAAUUAACCACCAAUUCUGCUCGUAUAAAGUCAAAACGACAACCCAAAAUUUCUGCCGGAACGAAUACAAUGUUACGGGCCUGUGCAAUCGACAGUCGUGCCCUUUGGCAAACUCAAGAUACGCAACUGUACGGGAACAUGAAGGCGUGCUAUAUCUCUACGUCAAAACCAUUGAACGAGCACACUCGCCGGCACACAUGUGGGAGAAGAUAAAGUUGUCGAACAACUAUGCAAAAGCCUUGGAACAGGUCGAUAACGAACUCAUACACUGGCCCAAUUUCACGAUACACAAGUGUAAGCAGCGUAUCACGAAGAUUACCCAGUAUCUCAUCAAAAUGCGUCGGUUAAAACUACGGCAACAACCUAAACUUAUUGGCAUUAAAAAGAAACUGGACCGACGUGAAGCCACUCGGGAACGAAAAGCACUAUCCGCCGCACAACUAGAGCGUUCCAUUGAAAAGGAACUCAUUGAACGGCUGAAAUCGAAGUCUUACGGCGACGCCCCGCUGAACGUCAAUGAAUCUGUAUGGCAAGCUAUCCUCGACCGGGAGAAGAAUGCAGAGCCCGGGCAAGAGAAUGAGGAUGACCUGGAGCUGGAGGCCGAUGAGACGGACGAAGAGGACGAGGAUGAGCUCGAGGAAGAGGGUGAUUGGGGAGACCGGGAGUUCGUCAGCGACUUUAGUGAGAGCGACGAAGAGGACAUCGAAGACGGUGAUGACGACGAUGAGGACGACGAGGAAGAUGAGUCGGAAUCAGAGGAGGACUCAGAGAGUGAUGAUGAGGAAGUGUCCAAAAAGAAGCUCGGAAAGCGGAAGGCCCGGCCUGCUGCUCCCAAAAAGAGGCCAGACAAGAAAGCAAGGAAGGGGCCGCGGGUCGAGGUCGAAUACGAAGAAGAGAGGGUCGCCAACCGGUCUGCUGUUCAUGCCUGGUAG